GGCCUUGCCGGUCCGUGCUGGCGCCAGGCGCCCGGGAGUUGGGGCGGCUCGGCUGAGGCUCGGUCCCUGCGAGGGGACUGGGAGGCUCCGGGCUGCGGACGGAAGUGCAGCCGGGGGACCCGAGACCUGCUGCCUUCCGAGCGCCUGCUCUAUGUGCUUGGGGUGGGAGGAGUAAUUGCUUUAUUAUAGCAGUUAGGGACCAUUUGUGAUUCUUAAGAAACAGUUUGUCAAGUUGCUCCUCUCCUGGUUUUUGUUUGGGUGAGAAAAAGUCACGGAAGCUGGAAGACGCUGUGAACAAGUUGAAAUCAUCGCAGAAGGAUAAAGUUCGUCAGUUUAUGAUCUUCACACAAUCUAGUGAGAAAACUGCAGUAAGUUGUCUUUCUCAAAAUGACUGGAAGUUAGAUGUUGCAACAGAUAAUUUUUUUCAAAAUCCAGAACUUUAUAUACGGGAGAGUGUAAAAGGAUCGUUGGACAGGAAGAAGUUAGAGCAACUGUACACUAGAUACAAAGACCCUCAGGAUGAAAAUAAAAUUGGAAUAGAUGGUAUACAGCAGUUCUGUGAUGAUCUGGCCCUCGAUCCAGCCAGCAUCAGUGUGUUGAUCAUUGCAUGGAAGUUCAGGGCGGCCACACAGUGCGAGUUCUCCAAACAGGAGUUCAUGGAUGGCAUGACAGAGUUAGGAUGUGACAGCAUAGAAAAACUAAAGGCCCAAAUACCCAAGAUGGAACAAGAAUUGAAAGAACCAGGACGAUUUAAGGAUUUUUACCAGUUUACUUUUAAUUUUGCAAAGAAUCCAGGACAAAAAGGAUUAGAUCUAGAAAUGGCCAUUGCUUACUGGAACUUAGUGCUUAAUGGAAGAUUUAAAUUCUUAGACUUAUGGAAUAAAUUUUUGUUGGAGCAUCAUAAACGAUCAAUACCAAAAGACACGUGGAAUCUUCUGUUAGACUUCAGUUCAAUGAUUGCAGAUGACAUGUCCAAUUAUGAUGAAGAAGGAGCAUGGCCUGUCCUUAUUGAUGACUUUGUGGAAUUUGCACGCCCUCAAAUUGCUGGGACAAAAAGUACAACAGUGUAGCACUAAAGGAACCUUCUAGAAUGUACAUAGUCUGUACAAUAAAUACAACGGAAAAUGCACAGUCAAUUUCUGCUGGCUGGACUGAACUGAAGAUCAAUCCUCAUAGUUCAAACUGAGGGUUGAGACAAAACUUUUAAGGAUACAUCUUGGACCAUAUCGUACUCCAUUCUUCUACUGGUGGUUUGGGCUUGUCUUCUAGUCUGGGCCACUCUAAGCAUUUAUAUUUCCGACAUUGUGGAUUUCAUCUUACACCUGUGGACCGCCUUAGUCUGUCUUCCCAUAAGUCAUAGCAGCUUGAGACCGUCUUAGGCUGUCUUCCCAUAAGUCAUAGCAGCUUGAGACCGUCUUAGGCUGUCUUCCCAUAAGUCAUAGCAGCUUGAUGGUGAUUACUUUGAGAUUUCCAGUCUUGCAUAAAGCACAAUGCUGUCUUCAUCAGAACACAGUUUGGCAUAAGAAUUAAACAUAAUAAUGAACACCACAACAAUUUAUAAAAACUUCUUAAGUAUAUGCUGUGGGCUAGUUGCAAAGACUGUGCUGGUAGCACUUCAAAUGAGAGUGAUUUAUCUGAGUGUACCGCAUCUGAAAUGGUGUUUGCUUGGGGGAAUUUAAUUUUCCUGGCAAACUACAUGUACUGUUGGUGUGAGUAGAAUACCUGAUACAAGAAAUGUCAAAACAACCAACACAUGAAAAAAAAAAGGAUAAUCUGGGGACUCCCUGAAAUAUGUCUUGUGUUUCAGACGCUUACAAAGGUUCUACAGAACAGGUCUGUGGUUAUCUUACCCAUGUUUAUACAGUAUCCUGCAGUGAACUUUUAUUUAAAAAAAUAUUGUAAUGAGAUCAAAUGUUAGACUUCACACUCGUGCAUCACACACCACAUAAUCGGAUUUCAUUAUGCUCUGAAAUGCUUCUAUGCCUUUUGAAUAAGUUAAACUAUUUCAUUUGUUUUGAAUGUUUUGGAUUGCUAUACAAUAUAAUAUUCUAAAUUUAGGCAUGAGGGUUUUAGGUUUGUUUUUUUUUUUUAAUUUUUUGUCAUCGCACUAUGGAACACAAUGCAAUUCACUUAAUUUAUAAGAAGAUAGUAAGAUUUAGAUUUUGGAAAUCGUUGUGAUGAGCCGUGAAGUUCAACCUUUCUCCCAUGGCACUGCUCUUUGAGGUGUGGUCCAGCCGUGCUGGCUGCUGACUGUUGAGAUGGCUUACUGCUAAAUCACUGUGGUUGCCAAGUCUACUUCAGAAGCAGAGAUUGUCAGACAGGCGAGCACUGGAGCAGAUACCAAUGGCUUCUGUUCUAUAAAUUAUUUGACUUUUGACUGUUUUUGUCUCACUUGCAUUUGCUAUUUCCACAUUACAGCAGAAUGCAGUCUUGAUUGGUUUUGUUUUUUGUUUUUUGUUUUUCCAUGACAGGACUCAUGCCUUGCUCUCCUGCUGAAAAUGCUUGUGUCUCUGAUAACAUACUGACAUGUGAAAGGGGUAUGUUCAUACAGAUUUCCAUGAGGAAGUUAAAAUGAUGAACUAAAUGCUGNGUGCCUGGUCUUCAGUAGGAGCAGAUUUUGCUUCAUGUAUCCAGGUCCUCUGCAGGGUACCAAGNAAUGUUCUUCAGGAUAGNGGAACAAUUUAUGCAGAUAUGGAAAUGAUUAAAACUGCUUUUUAGUCACAUGAUUUGGAAAAUGCAUAGAAAGCUUACCUUACAGAUAUAUCAUUAAUCCAAUCAUAACUUUAAUUUAGGAAUGCAUUUCUACCAAAAGAAGCUUAGAGUAAAUUUCUAUUCACGUUACAGGGAUUGGUCAUUAAAAGGAAAAGAAUCUUGCUGUUUUCAGUAUUUCUUGAUUUCAUUUUUGUAAAUAUAAAGAACUUCAAUUAUGAAAAAAAUUAAAGAUAUAUGUAUAUAUAUCUUUAAAAGUUUUACAGACCUAUAUUGUUUAUUCCCUACAUGGAACAUUUUGAGUUGUGGUAUUGUUUUCAGAUUGAUUGAUUCAGAUAUGAUUUGUUUUCAAAUGAGACUCCAUUAGCUUCUUUCCCUGCCUCAUAAAUUUUUUUCCAUAAAAAUCUUGAUAUUUGUGUGUGGCCUAAUGCUUUGGGUUUUACAGAUUUUAUUUUUAAAUGCAAGACUUUUUAACAAAAUAGUGUUUGUCAUCAGUUUGGUACUAAACAUUUACAAUUACUGUGUAAUUAUAAACAAAAAUAUAUAAAGCUUUUAUUAUGUAGCAAAAAGAGUUAAGGUUGUUCACCAUGAUGGCAUCUUAGAAUUAAACAAGACUAUUGCUAGGGCUCCAAGAGAAAAUUGAUUUAAUGUGUUUAUUCUGAGGGUGACUGUCUGGUUCUAGGGAAUGUUUUGUACUACAAAUGCUUACCCUGUUGGGGGCGGGGCGUCAGCGAGUCUUCCAGAGGAAGGGCACACUCACUCACACGCAGCCAGCUUGCUGGCUUCGGUUCAUGGGGUUCAGUCUUUGUGUGGGCCAGGUCUCCAAGCUGAUUCUUUUCUUUUCAGACAGAACCAUAGGGAGAGUUUACUUUUUGCCAAAUGUCAGAACAGGUACACAUUUUUAAAUGUAAUGCUUUUUAAAUAGUAAACUGUAUAAAAUGAGAAGUACCCACAUAUAAAAAUACUUGAGGUCAAGGUUCUCUUGAGUGACUAUCAUCUGCAUAUCUCUGUAAGUUCAAGUGUGUCAUUUCCAAUCCCUGUCAUAUUACCCACAGAGGCAAUAAAAGCUUCAGUAAAUUUGCCAUGACUAAA